UUCGUGAAUGCAUCUUCCCUUCCAUUGUACUCCAUCUCGUUGAAGCAGUCUUGAUGCAGACAGAACUCCGACCUUAUAACCCUUAAAAGUGGCCGGAAUUCCAAGCCUCCGAAGCCCAGAUUUCUUUCUUGGUUAUUAAUUUUCAAACUACGUAACCAUCUAAUUUCUUACCUGUAGUUGCUUCAGAUUCGUUUCUCCCUCGUUAAGAUGCCUUGGUUACAUUAAGAAAAAGAUCAAAAAACUGCCAUAAAAAGAGCAGUUUUUCAGUUGUUUCUCUUCCAACUCUGACGGUUUGAUACAAGAUAUAGUUGUAUCUGAUCAUGGUAGAAAGCUUCACAUUUGGGCGGUUUAACCACCAGAAACUCGACUUCAAGCUAUGGAUUGCGAUUCUAUGGAUUGUUGGCGUUGGCACAGUAUUUUUGUGGCAACGGUAUGCCAUUGAUGGGUUCCGGAUCUUUGGACGCACCUCGGUCGGGCCACUACCUCAGAUGCGGCCGGUUGCAUUCAACCUGACGGAUUUCGGUGGUGUUGGGGAUGGUGUGACUCUGAACACGGAGGCCUUCGAGAGGGCUAUCGCCGCGAUUACAAAAUAUGCAAACAGAGGUGGUGGACAGCUUAACGUGCCGGCCGGACGUUGGCUCACGGCGCCUUUCAAUCUCACUAGUCACUUGACUCUGUUUCUCGCUGAAGAUGCUGUUAUACUUGGAAUUCAGGAUGAGAAGUAUUGGCCACUGAUGCCCCCGGUGCCAUCAUAUGGAAACGGAAGGGAGCAUCCUGGACCCCGAUAUGGUAGUCUUAUCCAUGGUCAACAUCUCCAGGAUGUUGUUAUAACAGGGCACAAUGGCACCAUAAAUGGACAAGGUCAGACGUGGUGGGUGAAAUUCCGGAGAAAGCUUCUCAACCACACCAGAGGACCACUUGUACAGAUCAUGUGGUCAAAGGACAUCCACAUCUCCAACAUUACUUUGCGUGAUUCUCCUUUCUGGACACUCCAUCCCUUCGACUGUCAGAAUGUAACUAUAAAAAACGUUACCAUCUUGGCCCCCAUCUUCGAGGCCCCAAAUACUGAUGGUAUAGAUCCUGAUUCGUGUGAGAAUGUUGUGAUAGAGGACUCCUACAUAAGCGUGGGAGAUGAUGCGAUUGCAAUAAAGAGUGGGUGGGAUCAAUACGGAAUUAAGUACGGCCGGCCAUCCCGCAACAUUCUUAUCCGAAACCUUGUUGUUCGAUCAAUGGUCAGUGCUGGAGUAUCGAUAGGCAGUGAGAUGUCAGGAGGAGUAUCGAAUGUUACAGUGGAGAACAUCUACGUGUGGAACUCGAGAAGGGCUAUCCGGAUCAAAACCAGCCCUGGGAGAGGUGGAUAUGUUCGUGACAUAAACUACCGUAAUCUGACAUUCGACGAUGUCCGGGUGGGGAUCGUCGUGAAAACAGACUACAACGAGCACCCUGACGGGGAGUAUGACCCUAAGGCACUACCAAUACUGCAGGACAUAAGCUUCACCGGGAUUCAUGGCCAGGGAGUCCGUGUGCCGGUAAGAAUGCAUGGCAGCGAUGAGAUCCCGGUGCGGAAUGUAACGUUCAGGGACAUGUCAGUGGGGAUUACAUACAAAAAGAAGCAUAUCUUCCAGUGCGCAUUCGUUGAGGGUCGUGUGAUAGGGACCAUCUUCCCCGCUCCAUGCGAGAACCUGGAUCUCUUUGACGAGCAUGGCCAACUUGUUAAGAAGUCUGUGUCGCAUAACAUGACAGACAUUGAUUAUGAUUUCUGAGGCAUCAGAUCAGAUCAUGAGAGGGGACACCAGAUUUAUCUGGUACGUUCUUUUCCUCGCCCUCUCUCUUCAUGCCUUCAUCAUCUUUUCCUCUGCUCUGUUCUUUGGGAUUUGUAUAUAGGCCAUAAAGUUCAAUUUUGUUCAUAUAAGAUUACCAAAGACGAAGACGCCGUUGUCGCAUCAAAAACAAGUUUGCAACUUUCCUCUUUUCUUUCCUUUCCUUUUCUCUCUAUAGUAAUUAAAAUUUAAAAGAAUACACUAUACUCUCGAGCACAUCCGUAUCCUCCAUUUUUGUGGCUCCA